UGUCACGUGAAAGAAACAGGAAGCGGCAGAAAUGAGUGUUGUCUAUGGUGGAGUAGAAGGAGGCGGCACUCACUCCAAAGCAGUGCUGCUUUCAGCAAGCGGAGAGAUCUUGUCUCAGUCUGAUGGACCAUGCACUAAUCACUGGUUGGUUGGUGUUGAUAAAUGCCUCGAGGGCAUUAACAGUAUGGUCCAAAGCGCAAAGGUCAGCGCAGGGCUGGACCCAGACACACCCAUUUAUUCACUGGGCAUGUCGCUGAGUGGUGGAGAUCAGCAGGGGGCCAUUCAGAAACUGACUGAUGAGCUGUCUAAAAGAUUUCCCAAACUAAGCCAGAAUUAUUACAUCACUACGGAUGCAAUCGGUGCCAUGGCAACAGCAAGUGAUCAUGGUGGUAUAGUGCUAAUAUCAGGAACUGGUUCUAACUGUAAGCUGGUGAACCCUGAUGGCACUCAGGUUGGCUGUGGAGGGUGGGGUCACAUAAUGGGGGAUGAGGGCUCAGCAUACUGGAUUUCUCACCUUGCUGUAAAAACAGUAUUUGAUGCCAAAGAUAAUUUGGUUCCUCCUCCACAUGAUACUACUUACGUCAAAAAAGCAAUGGAGGAUUACUUUCAGGUGUCAGAUUUGAUGGGAAUGCUUCCCCACUUCUACAGGAACUUUCAGAAAUCACACUUCGCUGGGUUCUGUAAAAGACUUGCUGAAGGUGCCAAUGCAGGUGAUGCCCUGUGUCAGCAUGUGUUUACCCAGGCUGGUAAAGUACUAGCACAGCACAUAGUAGCAGUGCUGCCCAAAGUACACCAGGAGCUUUUCUCAGGUCAGCUUGGCUUGCCCAUUCUCUGUGUUGGAUCUGUAUGGCUUAGCUGGGACCUUUUGAAGGAUGGUUUUACUCAGGUCCUCUCAGAGACCAAGAAGUCUGGUUACAACCAUUUUCAGAAGUACAGUCUUCUCACACUGCGUCAGUCAUCUGCUGUAGGUGGUGCCAAGCUGGGAGCCCAGAAGGCUGGUGCUGUAUUGCCACUGGACUACUCCACUAGUGCCAGUGUGUUUUUCAGUCACUCUUUCUCCAAUCAGUGAUCACUACAAUGAGGGAUAAUAAGGACACAUUAAAAUAAAAUAGCCUUUUUUUAAUGAAGGUUAAUCUGCCUCAUUGCAGUUGAGCAAAAUCAGAAAGGUUAUCCCCAAUCACUUCUACUUGUAGACUUUUAUAAUUGUUUUAAAUGGUGCUUCUACUUUAGAUACUUCAUACAACUCAGAUUUACCCAUAAUUUCUUUUUGUAACAUUUGAGAGGGACAAUGAGGGAAAUGAUAGCAAAAGCAUUUUGUUUACAUAAAAAUAAUGGUUAUAUGGAACAAGUUUAUAUGUCACAUUCCUUUUAUCUUUGUCAUUAAACACAAAUCAGUGGAAAUGUACUGUACACUGAUCAGCCAUAACAUUAAAACCGCCUCCUUGUUUCUAUACUCACUGUACAUUUUAUCU